AUGGUGUGCACGGGCCUCGUCCUCGGGGCCCGGGACGGCGGUAGCAGGGCUGACGCUCCCUGUCAAGGUGAAUUCAGAGAUGAGUUCAGCAAAAACAACUGGAUUUAUAACAUAAAGGAAGAGAGUCUGGGUGGAUGGGUAAAUGAGGAAGGAUAUGACCAAUGGUCAUAUGGUUCUGGGUCUAAAACGGAAAAUGAUCCCCAGACCACAAAUAUGGACGACACUUCAUUUUUGACAACAACUAGUGACAUCACCACCAAAGAAGGAGAUGAAAGCACUCCCGCCACUUUUACAGGCACCGCUGAAGAAACAACUGGUUCCUCUGUACUAGAUAGCAGCCCCACGACAGAACAAAGCUCCAUGGGAAGUCCAGAGGCCAGUACUCUGGCACGUCUCACGAGCACCUUCCCACCAGUAUCCAGUCUUCCCGGAAUUCAGACAAGCUCAGGGUCAACUGAGAUGACGCCGCAAGGAACAGAGCCCAGAACCUCCGCAGCCCUCCCCAUCAGCGACGAACCAGAAACAGCUACUACAGUGAGGGACACAAUCCCUUCGUCAAGCACCACGACAAGCGAAAUGACCAGCACAAUUGCACAAGGCAGCACGGUGGAAGAAUCCACGAGCACCAUGCCAGAAGUGACCAGUACCAUGCUGUUACACACAACUACCGCAUCUGCUGAGAUCACCAGUGAAAGAACAGAGAUCAGUAGCACGCUCGCUGUGACAAGUACCACCACAUCUGCACCCAGUACGACCCCAGUUCAGACAACAACAGCCACAGCUAUUGACAUCUCCACCGAAGGAGUAGCUGGAAGCACUCCCGCCACUUUUACAGGCACCGCUGCAGAAACAACCGGUUCCUCUGUUCUAGAUAGCAGCCCCACAACAGCACAAAGCUCCAUGGGAAGUCCAGAGGCCAGUACUCCGGCACGUCUCACGAGCACCUUCCCACCAGUAUCCAGUCUUCCCGGAAUUCAGACAAGCUCAGGGUCAACUGAGAUGACGCCGCAAGGAACAGAGCCCAGAACCUCCGCAGCCCUCCCCAUCAGCGACGAACCAGAAACAGCUACUACAGUGAGGGACACAAUCCCUUCGUCAAGCACCAUGACAAGCGAAACGACCAGCACAAUUGCACAAGGCAGCACGGUGGAAGAAUCCACGAGCACCAUGCCAGAAGUGACCAGUACCAUGCUGUUACACACAACUACCGCAUCUGCUGAGAUCACCAGUGAAAGAACAGAGAUCAGUAGCACGCUCGCUGUGACAAGUACCACCACAUCUGCACCCAGUACGACCCCAGUUCAGACAACAACAGCCACAGCUAUUGACAUCUCCACCGAAGGAGUAGCUGGAAGCACUCCCGCCACUUUUACAGGCACCGCUGCAGAAACAACCGGUUCCUCUGUUCUAGAUAGCAGCCCCACAACAGCACAAAGCUCCAUGGGAAGUCCAGAGGCCAGUACUCCGGCACGUCUCACGAGCACCUUCCCACCAGUAUCCAGUCUUCCCGGAAUUCAGACAAGCUCAGGGUCAACUGAGAUGACGCCGCAAGGAACAGAGCCCAGAACCUCCGCAGCCCUCCCCAUCAGCGACGAACCAGAAACAGCUACUACAGUGAGGGACACAAUCCCUUCGUCAAGCACCAUGACAAGCGAAAUGACCAGCACAAUUGCACAAGGCAGCACGGUGGAAGAAUCCACGAGCACCAUGCCAGAAGUGACCAGUACCAUGCUGUUACACACAACUACCGCAUCUGCUGAGAUCACCAGUGAAAGAACAGAGAUCAGUAGCACGCUCGCUGUGACAAGUACCACCACAUCUGCACCCAGUACGACCCCAGUUCAGACAACAACAGCCACAGCUAUUGACAUCUCCACCGAAGGAGUAGCUGGAAGCACUCCCGCCACUUUUACAGGCACCGCUGAAGAAACAACUCGUUCCUCGGUACUAGAUAGCAGCCCCACGACAGCACAAAGCUCCAUGGGAAGUCCAGAGGCCAGUACUCCGGCACGUCUCACGAGCACCUUCCCACCAGUAUCCAGUCUUCCCGGAAUUCAGACAAGCUCAGGGUCAACUGAGAUGACGCCGCAAGGAACAGAGCCCAGAACCUCCGCAGCCCUCCCCAUCAGCGACGAACCAGAAACAGCUACUACAGUGAGGGACACAAUCCCUUCGUCAAGCACCACGACAAGCGAAAUGACCAGCACAAUUGCACAAGGCAGCACGGUGGAAGAAUCCACGAGCACCAUGCCAGAAGUGACCAGUACCAUGCUGUUACACACAACUACCGCAUCUGCUGAGAUCACCAGUGAAAGAACAGAGAUCAGUAGCACGCUCGCUGUGACAAGUACCACCACAUCUGCACCCAGUACGACCCCAGUUCAGACAACAACAGCCACAGCUAUUGACAUCUCCACCGAAGGAGUAGCUGGAAGCACUCCCGCCACUUUUACAGGCACCGCUGCAGAAACAACCGGUUCCUCUGUUCUAGAUAGCAGCCCCACAACAGCACAAAGCUCCAUGGGAAGUCCAGAGGCCAGUACUCCGGCACGUCUCACGAGCACCUUCCCACCAGUAUCCAGUCUUCCCGGAAUUCAGACAAGCUCAGGGUCAACUGAGAUGACGCCGCAAGGAACAGAGCCCAGAACCUCGGCAGCCCUCCCCAUCAGCGAAGAACCCGAAACAGCUACUACAGUGAGGGACACAAUCCCUUCUUCAAGCACCACGACAAGCGAGAUGACCAGCACAAUUGCACAAGGCAGCACGGUGGAAGAAUUCACGAGCACCAUGCCAGAAGUGACCAGUACCUCGCUGUUACACACAACUACCGCAUCUGCUGAGAUCACCAGUGAAAGAACAGAGAUCAGUAGCACGCUCGCUGUGACAAGUACCACCACAUCUGCACCCAGUACGACCCCAGUUCAGACAACAACAGCCACAGCUAUUGACAUCUCCACCGAAGGAGUAGCUGGAAGCACUCCCGCCACUUUUACAGGCACCGCUGAAGAAACAACUCGUUCCUCGGUACUAGAUAGCAGCCCCACGACAGCACAAAGCUCCAUGGGAAGUCCAGAGGCCAGUACUCCGGCACGUCUCACGAGCACCUUCCCACCAGUAUCCAGUCUUCCCGGAAUUCAGACAAGCUCAGGGUCAACUGAGAUGACGCCGCAAGGAACAGAGCCCAGAACCUCCGCAGCCCUCCCCAUCAGCGACGAACCAGAAACAGCUACUACAGUGAGGGACACAAUGCCUUCGUCAAGCACCACGACAAGCGAAAUGACCAGCACAAUUGCACAAGGCAGCACGGUGGAAGAAUCCACGAGCACCAUGCCAGAAGUGACCAGUACCAUGCUGUUACACACAACUACCGCAUCUGCUGAGAUCACCAGUGAAAGAACAGAGAUCAGUAGCACGCUCGCUGUGACAAGUACCACCACAUCUGCACCCAGUACGACCCCAGUUCAGACAACAACAGCCACAGCUAUUGACAUCUCCACCGAAGGAGUAGCUGGAAGCACUCCCGCCACUUUUACAGGCACCGCUGCAGAAACAACCGGUUCCUCUGUUCUAGAUAGCAGCCCCACAACAGCACAAAGCUCCAUGGGAAGUCCAGAGGCCAGUACUCCGGCACGUCUCACGAGCACCUUCCCACCAGUAUCCAGUCUUCCCGGAAUUCAGACAAGCUCAGGGUCAACUGAGAUGACGCCGCAAGGAACAGAGCCCAGAACCUCGGCAGCCCUCCCCAUCAGCGAAGAACCAGAAACAGCUACUACAGUGAGGGACACAAUCCCUUCUUCAAGCACCACGACAAGCGAGAUGACCAGCACAAUUGCACAAGGCAGCACGGUGGAAGAAUUCACGAGCACCAUGCCAGAAGUGACCAGUACCUCGCUGUUACACACAACUACCGCAUCUGCUGAGAUCACCAGUGAAAGAACAGAGAUCAGUAGCACGCUCGCUGUGACAAGUACCACCACAUCUGCACCCAGUACGACCCCAGUUCAGACAACAACAGCCACAGCUAUUGACAUCUCCACCGAAGGAGUAGCUGGAAGCACUCCCGCCACUUUUACAGGCACCGCUGAAGAAACAACUCGUUCCUCGGUACUAGAUAGCAGCCCCACGACAGCACAAAGCUCCAUGGGAAGUCCAGAGGCCAGUACUCCGGCACGUCUCACGAGCACCUUCCCACCAGUAUCCAGUCUUCCCGGAAUUCAGACAAGCUCAGGGUCAACUGAGAUGACGCCGCAAGGAACAGAGCCCAGAACCUCCGCAGCCCUCCCCAUCAGCGACGAACCAGAAACAGCUACUACAGUGAGGGACACAAUGCCUUCGUCAAGCACCACGACAAGCGAAAUGACCAGCACAAUUGCACAAGGCAGCACGGUGGAAGAAUCCACGAGCACCAUGCCAGAAGUGACCAGUACCAUGCUGUUACACACAACUACCGCAUCUGCUGAGAUCACCAGUGAAAGAACAGAGAUCAGUAGCACGCUCGCUGUGACAAGUACCACCACAUCUGCACCCAGUACGACCCCAGUUCAGACAACAACAGCCACAGCUAUUGACAUCUCCACCGAAGGAGUAGCUGGAAGCACUCCCGCCACUUUUACAGGCACCGCUGCAGAAACAACCGGUUCCUCUGUUCUAGAUAGCAGCCCCACAACAGCACAAAGCUCCAUGGGAAGUCCAGAGGCCAGUACUCCGGCACGUCUCACGAGCACCUUCCCACCAGUAUCCAGUCUUCCCGGAAUUCAGACAAGCUCAGGGUCAACUGAGAUGACGCCGCAAGGAACAGAGCCCAGAACCUCCGCAGCCCUCCCCAUCAGCGACGAACCAGAAACAGCUACUACAGUGAGGGACACAAUCCCUUCGUCAAGCACCACGACAAGCGAAAUGACCAGCACAAUUGCACAAGGCAGCACGGUGGAAGAAUCCACGAGCACCAUGCCAGAAGUGACCAGUACCAUGCUGUUACACACAACUACCGCAUCUGCUGAGAUCACCAGUGAAAGAACAGAGAUCAGUAGCACGCUCGCUGUGACAAGUACCACCACAUCUGCACCCAGUACGACCCCAGUUCAGACAACAACAGCCACAGCUAUUGACAUCUCCACCGAAGGAGUAGCUGGAAGCACUCCCGCCACUUUUACAGGCACCGCUGCAGAAACAACCGGUUCCUCUGUUCUAGAUAGCAGCCCCACAACAGCACAAAGCUCCAUGGGAAGUCCAGAGGCCAGUACUCCGGCACGUCUCACGAGCACCUUCCCACCAGUAUCCAGUCUUCCCGGAAUUCAGACAAGCUCAGGGUCAACUGAGAUGACGCCGCAAGGAACAGAGCCCAGAACCUCGGCAGCCCUCCCCAUCAGCGAAGAACCAGAAACAGCUACUACAGUGAGGGACACAAUCCCUUCUUCAAGCACCACGACAAGCGAGAUGACCAGCACAAUUGCACAAGGCAGCACGGUGGAAGAAUUCACGAGCACCAUGCCAGAAGUGACCAGUACCUCGCUGUUACACACAACUACCGCAUCUGCUGAGAUCACCAGUGAAAGAACAGAGAUCAGUAGCACGCUCGCUGUGACAAGUACCACCACAUCUGCACCCAGUACGACCCCAGUUCAGACAACAACAGCCACAGCUAUUGACAUCUCCACCGAAGGAGUAGCUGGAAGCACUCCCGCCACUUUUACAGGCACCGCUGAAGAAACAACCGGUUCCUCGGUACUAGAUAGCAGCCCCACGACAGCACAAAGCUCCAUGGGAAGUCCAGAGGCCAGUACUCCGGCACGUCUCACGAGCACCUUCCCACCAGUAUCCAGUCUUCCCGGAAUUCAGACAAGCUCAGGGUCAACUGAGAUGACGCCGCAAGGAACAGAGCCCAGAACCUCCGCAGCCCUCCCCAUCAGCGACGAACCAGAAACAGCUACUACAGUGAGGGACACAAUGCCUUCGUCAAGCACCACGACAAGCGAAAUGACCAGCACAAUUGCACAAGGCAGCACGGUGGAAGAAUCCACGAGCACCAUGCCAGAAGUGACCAGUACCAUGCUGUUACACACAACUACCGCAUCUGCUGAGAUCACCAGUGAAAGAACAGAGAUCAGUAGCACGCUCGCUGUGACAAGUACCACCACAUCUGCACCCAGUACGACCCCAGUUCAGACAACAACAGCCACAGCUAUUGACAUCUCCACCGAAGGAGUAGCUGGAAGCACUCCCGCCACUUUUACAGGCACCGCUGCAGAAACAACCGGUUCCUCUGUUCUAGAUAGCAGCCCCACAACAGCACAAAGCUCCAUGGGAAGUCCAGAGGCCAGUACUCCGGCACGUCUCACGAGCACCUUCCCACCAGUAUCCAGUCUUCCCGGAAUUCAGACAAGCUCAGGGUCAACUGAGAUGACGCCGCAGGGAACAGAGCCCAGAACCUCCGCAGCCCUCCCCAUCAGCGAAGAACCAGAAACAGCUACUACAGUGAGGGACACAAUCCCUUCUUCAAGCACCACGACAAGCGAGAUGACCAGCACAAUUGCACAAGGCAGCACGGUGGAAGAAUUCACGAGCACCAUGCCAGAAGUGACCAGUACCUCGCUGUUACACACAACUACCGCAUCUGCUGAGAUCACCAGUGAAAGAACAGAGAUCAGUAGCACGCUCGCUGUGACAAGUACCACCACAUCUGCACCCAGUACGACCCCAGUUCAGACAACAACAGCCACAGCUAUUGACAUCUCCACCGAAGGAGUAGCUGGAAGCACUCCCGCCACUUUUACAGGCACCGCUGAAGAAACAACUCGUUCCUCGGUACUAGAUAGCAGCCCCACGACAGCACAAAGCUCCAUGGGAAGUCCAGAGGCCAGUACUCCGGCACGUCUCACGAGCACCUUCCCACCAGUAUCCAGUCUUCCCGGAAUUCAGACAAGCUCAGGGUCAACUGAGAUGACGCCGCAAGGAACAGAGCCCAGAACCUCCGCAGCCCUCCCCAUCAGCGACGAACCAGAAACAGCUACUACAGUGAGGGACACAAUGCCUUCGUCAAGCACCACGACAAGCGAAAUGACCAGCACAAUUGCACAAGGCAGCACGGUGGAAGAAUCCACGAGCACCAUGCCAGAAGUGACCAGUACCAUGCUGUUACACACAACUACCGCAUCUGCUGAGAUCACCAGUGAAAGAACAGAGAUCAGUAGCACGCUCGCUGUGACAAGUACCACCACAUCUGCACCCAGUACGACCCCAGUUCAGACAACAACAGCCACAGCUAUUGACAUCUCCACCGAAGGAGUAGCUGGAAGCACUCCCGCCACUUUUACAGGCACCGCUGCAGAAACAACCGGUUCCUCUGUUCUAGAUAGCAGCCCCACAACAGCACAAAGCUCCAUGGGAAGUCCAGAGGCCAGUACUCCGGCACGUCUCACGAGCACCUUCCCACCAGUAUCCAGUCUUCCCGGAAUUCAGACAAGCUCAGGGUCAACUGAGAUGACGCCGCAGGGAACAGAGCCCAGAACCUCCGCAGCCCUCCCCAUCAGCGACGAACCAGAAACAGCUACUACAGUGAGGGACACAAUCCCUUCAUCAAGCACCACGACAAGCGAAAUGACCAGCACAAUUGCACAAGGCAGCACGGUGGAAGAAUCCACGAGCACCAUGCCAGAAGUGACCAGUACCAUGCUGUUACACACAACUACCGCAUCUGCUGAGAUCACCAGUGAAAGAACAGAGAUCAGUAGCACGCUCGCUGUGACAAGUACCACCACAUCUGCACCCAGUACGACCCCAGUUCAGACAACAACAGCCACAGCUAUUGACAUCUCCACCGAAGGAGUAGCUGGAAGCACUCCCGCCACUUUUACAGGCACCGCUGCAGAAACAACCGGUUCCUCUGUUCUAGAUAGCAGCCCCACAACAGCACAAAGCUCCAUGGGAAGUCCAGAGGCCAGUACUCCGGCACGUCUCACGAGCACCUUCCCACCAGUAUCCAGUCUUCCCGGAAUUCAGACAAGCUCAGGGUCAACUGAGAUGACGCCGCAAGGAACAGAGCCCAGAACCUCCGCAGCCCUCCCCAUCAGCGAAGAACCAGAAACAGCUACUACAGUGAGGGACACAAUCCCUUCUUCAAGCACCACGACAAGCGAGAUGACCAGCACAAUUGCACAAGGCAGCACGGUGGAAGAAUCCACGAGCACCAUGCCAGAAGUGACCAGUACCAUGCUGUUACACACAACUACCGCAUCUGCUGAGAUCACCAGUGAAAGAACAGAGAUCAGUAGCACGCUCGCUGUGACAAGUACCACCACAUCUGCACCCAGUACGACCCCAGUUCAGACAACAACAGCCACAGCUAUUGACAUCUCCACCGAAGGAGUAGCUGGAAGCACUCCCGCCACUUUUACAGGCACCGCUGCAGAAACAACCGGUUCCUCUGUUCUAGAUAGCAGCCCCACAACAGCACAAAGCUCCAUGGGAAAUCCAGAGGCCAGUACUCCGGCACGUCUCACGAGCACCUUCCCACCAGUAUCCAGUCUUCCCGGAAUUCAGACAAGCUCAGGGUCAACUGAGAUGACGCCGCAAGGAACAGAGCCCAGAACCUCGGCAGCCCUCCCCAUCAGCGAAGAACCAGAAACAGCUACUACAGUGAGGGACACAAUCCCUUCUUCAAGCACCACGACAAGCGAGAUGACCAGCACAAUUGCACAAGGCAGCACGGUGGAAGAAUCCACGAGCACCAUGCCAGAAGUGACCAGUACCAUGCUGUUACACACAACUACCGCAUCUGCUGAGAUCACCAGUGAAAGAACAGAGAUCAGUAGCACGCUCGCUGUGACAAGUACCACCACAUCUGCACCCAGUACGACCCCAGUUCAGACAACAACAGCCACAGCUAUUGACAUCUCCACCGAAGGAGUAGCUGGAAGCACUCCCGCCACUUUUACAGGCACCGCUGCAGAAACAACCGGUUCCUCUGUUCUAGAUAGCAGCCCCACAACAGCACAAAGCUCCAUGGGAAGUCCAGAGGCCAGUACUCCGGCACGUCUCACGAGCACCUUCCCACCAGUAUCCAGUCUUCCCGGAAUUCAGACAAGCUCAGGGUCAACUGAGAUGACGCCGCAAGGAACAGAGCCCAGAACCUCGGCAGCCCUCCCCAUCAGCGAAGAACCAGAAACAGCUACUACAGUGAGGGACACAAUCCCUUCUUCAAGCACCACGACAAGCGAGAUGACCAGCACAAUUGCACAAGGCAGCACGGUGGAAGAAUCCACGAGCACCAUGCCAGAAGUGACCAGUACCAUGCUGUUACACACAACUACCGCAUCUGCUGAGAUCACCAGUGAAAGAACAGAGAUCAGUAGCACGCUCGCUGUGACAAGUACCACCACAUCUGCACCCAGUACGACCCCAGUUCAGACAACAACAGCCACAGCUAUUGACAUCUCCACCGAAGGAGUAGCUGGAAGCACUCCCGCCACUUUUACAGGCACCGCUGAAGAAACAACUCGUUCCUCGGUACUAGAUAGCAGCCCCACGACAGCACAAAGCUCCAUGGGAAGUCCAGAGGCCAGUACUCCGGCACGUCUCACGAGCACCUUCCCACCAGUAUCCAGUCUUCCCGGAAUUCAGACAAGCUCAGGGUCAACUGAGAUGACGCCGCAAGGAACAGAGCCCAGAACCUCGGCAGCCCUCCCCAUCAGCGAAGAACCAGAAACAGCUACUACAGUGAGGGACACAAUCCCUUCUUCAAGCACCACGACAAGCGAGAUGACCAGCACAAUUGCACAAGGCAGCACGGUGGAAGAAUUCACGAGCACCAUGCCAGAAGUGACCAGUACCUCGCUGUUACACACAACUACCGCAUCUGCUGAGAUCACCAGUGAAAGAACAGAGAUGAGUAGCACGCUCGCUGUGACAAGUACCACCUCAUCUGCACCCAGUACGACCCCAGAUCAGACAACAACAGCCACAGCUAUUGACAUCUCCACCGAAGGAGUAGCUGGAAGCACUCCCGCCACUUUUACAGGCACCGCUGAAGAAACAACUCGUUCCUUGGUACUAGAUAGCAGCCCCACGACAGCACAAAGCUCCAUGGGAAGUCCAGAGGCCAGUACUCCGGCACGUCUCACGAGCACCUUCCCACCAGUAUCCAGUCUUCCCGGAAUUCAGACAAGCUCAGGGUCAACUGAGAUGACGCCGCAAGGAACGGAGCCCAGAACCUCCGCAGCCCUCCCCAUCAGCGAAGAACCCGAAACAGCUACUACAGUGAGGGACACAAUCCCUUCAUCAAACACCACGACAAGCGAGAUAACCAGCACAAUUGCACAAGGCAGCACGGUGGAAGAAUUCACGAGCACCACGCCAGAAGUGACCAGUACCUCGCUGUUACACACAACUACCGCAUCUGCUGAGAUCACCAGUGAAAGAACAGAGAUGAGUAGCACGCUCGCUGUGACAAGUACCACCACAUUUGCACCCAGUACGACCCCAGUUCAGACAACAACAGCCAUAGCUAUUGACAUCUCCACCGAAGGAGUAGCUGGAAGCACUCCCGCCACUUUUACAGGCACCGCUGCAGAAACAACCGAUUCCUCUGUUCUAGAUAGCAGCCCCACGACAGCACAAAGCUCCAUGGGAAGUCCAGAGGCCAGUACUCCGGCACGUCUCACGAGCACCUUCCCACCAGUAUCCAGUCUUCCCGGAAUUCAGACAAGCUCAGGGUCAACUGAGAUGACGCCGCAAGGAACGGAGCCCAGAACCUCCGCAGCCCUCCCCAUCAGCGAAGAACCCGAAACAGCUACUACAGUGAGGGACACAAUCCCUUCAUCAAGCACCACGACAAGCGAGAUAACCAGCACAAUUGCACAAGGCAGCACGGUGGAAGAAUUCACGAGCACCACGCCAGAAGUGACCAGUACCUCGCUGUUACACACAACUACCGCAUCUGCUGAGAUCACCAGUGAAAGAACAGAGAUGAGUAGCACGCUCGCUGUGACAAGUACCACCACAUUUGCACCCAGUACGACCCCAGUUCAGACAACAACAGCCAUAGCUAUUGACAUCUCCACCGAAGGAGUAGCUGGAAGCACUCCCGCCACUUUUACAGGCACCGCUGCAGAAACAACCGAUUCCUCUGUUCUAGAUAGCAGCCCCACGACAGCACAAAGCUCCAUGGGAAGUCCAGAGGCCAGUACUCCGGCACGUCUCACGAGCACCUUCCCACCAGUAUCCAGUCUUCCCGGAAUUCAGACAAGCUCAGGGUCAACUGAGAUGACGCCGCAAGGAACAGAGCCCAGAACCUCCGCAGCCCUCCCCAUCAGCGAUGAACCAGAAACAGCUACUACAGUGAGGGACACAAUCCCUUCAUCAAGCACCAUGACAAGCGAGAUAACCAGCACAAUUGCACAAGGCAGCACGGUGGAAGAAUUCACGAGCACCACGCCAGAAGUGACCAGUACCUCGCUGUUACACACAACUACCGCAUCUGCUGAGAUCACCAGUGAAAGAACAGAGGUUAGUAGCACGCUCGCUGUGACAAGUACCACCACAUCUGCACACAGUACGACCCCAGUUCAGACAACAACAGCCACAGCUAUUGACAUCUCCACCGAAGGAGUAGCUGGAAGCACUCCCUCCACUUUUACAGGCACCGCUGAAGAGACAACUCGUUCCUCGGUACUAGAUAGCAGCCCCACGACAACACAAAGCUCCAUGGGAAGUCCAGAGGCCAGUAUUCCGGCACGUCUCACGAGCACCUUCCCACCAGUAUCCAGUCUUCCCGGAAUUCAGACAAGCUCAGGGUCAACUGAGAUGACGCCGCAAGGAACGGAGCCCAGAACCUCCGCAGCCCUCCCCAUCAGCGAAGAACCCGAAACAGCUACUACAGUGAGGGACACAAUCCCUUCAUCAAACACCACGACAAGUGAAAUGACCAGCACAAUUGCACAAGGCAGCACGGUGGAAGAAUUCACGAACACCACGCCAGAAGAGACCAGUAGCUUGCUGUUACACACAACUACCGCAUCUGCUGAGAUCACCAGUGAAAGAACAGAGCACCUCCACAACCACAUCACCCUUCACCACAAGCUCCACAACCACAUCACCCAUCACAAGCACCUCCACAACCAUGUCUACAGUUCCGACCACCUCCACAACCACAUCACCUGUCACAAGCACCUCCAUGACUACGUCAACUGUUCCGACCACCUCCAGAACCACAUCACCCGUCACAAGCACCUCCACGACCACGUUGACAGUUCUGACCACCUCCACGACCGCAUCACCCGUCACAAGCACAUCCACGACCACGUCGACAGUUCCGACCACCUCCACUACCACAAGCACUACCACUUCCAAAACCACAGCUGUCCAGCUGCAGAGAGGAACCUUUGUCUUUUGGAAAGAAUGAAGCAAAAGAAAGAACAGCCCCCUGCCCCCAUGAAGGGGAAGGGCCCGGAGUCCCCUCACUCUUUGCCCUGCGGCUCUUCCUUCCAUGAGGAGCCCCAUCACUCUCUUUUCCCCCAUUUUCCUGGACCAGGGUUUCAUGGGGUGUUGCUGGAAUGGGGCUGCUCGCUUUACAUCACACUUUGCCACAAUGGAGGAUUCCAUGAUGGAGUGAAAUGUAUUUGCCUUGACAACUUCUAUGGGCCCAAGUGUGAAUACGCUGUGGUGAAUUGCCAGAAUGGAGGAACCUAUGAUGGAGAGAAAUGUAUUUGUCCUGACAACUUCUACGGGCCCAAGUGUGAAUUCCCUGUAACAGAGGUCACUGUGCCAGAGGUGAAGGUGGCUGUGACAGUGGAAGCCCAGGUGACCAUCAGCAACCAGAACUUCACCGAAGAGCUCAAGAACCCCACCUCGACCGAGUACAAAGACCUGGAGAGGGACUUCAAGGCCAAGAUGUACAACGUUUAUAAGGACAUCCCCGGCUACAGUCAUGUGGUGGUCCUGCGCCUCAGGAGCGGCAGCAUCAUCGUGGACCACGAAAUUAUCGUGGAAGCCAAUACAAGCAACAGUGUGAACAUCAUCGAGCAAACCAUAAAAAAUGUGACAGAGACCGUGCGGGAGCAGCUAAGUGUUUUCAACUCCACCGAGAAGAACUGCUCGAAUAGUCUCUGCUUCACUGUUCCGCCUGAGCCUGUCCGCAGCUCCACCUCAGCAUUUACAGACAAAGAUGCUUGCAAAAGGAUGGCUGAGUCUCAGUUCCCAGAGUUCGCAGCCUUCUAUUACCCCCUUGUGGUGGGGGGUGUCCUACGGUGCGUCACCAACUGCAGCAAAGACAACCCAGGUGCCAUGGACUGCCACCACGGAGCUUGUCACGUCACGGAAGGAGGCCCCCAGUGCAACUGCAACGACCUGGAGGCCUUUUGGUACCUGGACGACCACUGCCAGUCACGCGUCCAGAAGACGGAGCUGGGCCUGGGGCUGGGCCUGGCCGCCUUCCUUGUCGCCAGCCUCCUCCUGGCCGUCUUCCUCUUCAGGGCCCAGCGGAGGAAGGGCCACUCGAAUUGGUCUGACGAUGCAGAGGCCUGGUACGAGGAGGAGGAGGUGGACGAGUGGGUGCCCCCUGGAGCUCUGACCUUCCAGAACGAAGAUGCCAACUUGUGGGACAGAAGCCCCAGCAGCAGCGAGGUAUUCCGGCCAUCCCUUCAGGCGGUGGACACCUCCCUCAAGGGCCAGCAUCCGUAUGGGCCAGCAUCCGUAUAUCAGCUGGGAUCAGGCCUUGAACGCCGCCAGGAGUGUCCGGGGGCCAUUUUGCCCACUAUCCGCCCCAUGAAACCUCUGAACAGCAGGCCACAGCUGCCAAGUACAGCUGACUGGUCAUGGGACAGAGACCCAGACCCCUGGGUGCAGUUCCAGAAGCCCACAAUAAUGUUGGAGGCAAAGCCGAUGCUGGUGUCCCGUGACUCCCAGCGUUCUCGUGAGGAAGAGGCCAUAAAGCAAUGA